AUCAAAUGAUGACACGGACAGAGUAUUAUUUUUUAUUUUCUCCUCACUUGCUUUGGAUUCUCCUCUCCUUGAUCUAGCCAUUAUGUCAUGAAUUUGAAGAUGCCUCUAGUGGAUUGAAGGAAUGUUAAAUCUCUUUACUAUUUGAUACACAAAUUGAGUACCCCAAUUGCUCAAUCCAACAAGCUUUCGCGCACCUCGACUAAAUCCACGAGAUACCUGCCACCUCCCACUAGCAAAGGAUACCAGGUAACUCAGGUAGGUAACUCAGGUAAGUCUGCCCACCAAGGCUAGGACAGAUGGGAAGAAUCACCUAGCGUUUUUUUUUUCUCUACUGGGAUUUGAAUCUAAGACCUCAGGCUCUCAACCCAAUUCAUUAACCACUAGGCCACCCCUUGUGGACCACAUCCUUGAAAUUAUCACAAUAUUUCGCUGUUGUUACUGUUUCCGUUCUUGUAGGGCUUUAGGCUCUGCACUGCUUUCCUCGUUAAUUGCUAUGUUUUCUUCGCUGUUUUCUUUUUCUUUUACUUGGAUUUGUUGCACGUGAGCUGAGGGUCUUUCGGAAAUAGCCUCUCUACCUCCAUGAGGUAGUGGUAAGGUUCGCAUACACUCUACCCUCCCACUUGUGGGAUUUCUCCGGGUAUGUUGUUGUUGUUGGUUUUGGAGAUAAUAACCAGUUUACCGACAUGGUUAGACUAUAUAUAAUUUGUGACAUCAAAGAUUCAAUUUUUACCAAUUUAAACUGAAAAAGAUAGAGUCUUGUUUGAAAUUUUAUAACCUUUUUGUGGAUGGGUAUUGGAGAUAGAGACCAUUGAAUUGGUUAGACUAUAUAAUAUUUGACAUUAAAGAUUCAAUUCUUCUACCAAUUUAAACUGGGAAAUAAAAUCUUGUCUGAAAAUUUGGACCCUUUUUGUGUAGAUGGAUAUUGGAGUUAGAGAUCAGACGAUCAGUUAAUAAGUUUGAUAGAUUACAAUUAUACUAUGUGAAGUCAAAAGGAUUCAUUUUUACUAAUUUAAACUGAAAAGUACAGUCUUGUUUGAAAAUUUUGUAUCUUUUUGUAUCUGGGUAUUGGAGAGAUUAAAUUUGUUAGAUUUUAUACCACGUGAAGUCAAAAGAUAUCAUUUUUACCAUUUAAAAGUGAAAAAUAGAAUCUUGUUUGAAAAUUUGGUACGUUUUUGUGUCUGGGUUUUGGAGAUAGAAACCAACCUACCGAAUCGAUUAGGCUAACCACCAAAGGAUGUGGUGCAACGGAUGAGGCUGUUCCUUAAUCAGGCGUCUCACGUUUUGAGCCUUGGCUGUGGAAAAUCCUUGGAAGGUAGCACUUCUCCAAAAUGUUUCCUACACGGUGCGAAUCCGGAUAUCGAAUGGGAAACCCAAGAAAAAAAGGAAUUGGUUGGACUACAUAUAUCAUGUGACAUCAAGGAUUUCAUUUUUACCAACUUAAAAUAUGACGGAUCGUUAUUGGAUCACUUUUGUGGUAGUUCUAUUUUGUCUUGUUGGAGCUUUUGAUGCUAGUGCUGGAGAUGCUGACCCUUUGUACAGGGCUUGUUUUGGCCAAUGUAAAGAGACUGGAUGUGCUGGAGAAACAUGCUUCCCACAUUGUAAAAUUCCUUUAAAUGGUUCUUCUUUCGAUGCCAGCUCAUUUUUGAAAGAGCCUUUAUACCUGUGGUUGAAACAAGUGAAUUGCCUAAGUGAUUGCCAAUAUCACUGCAUGGUUCAAAGAGAAAAAGAACGAGCAACAAAUGGAUUUGGGCCUGUGAAAUAUCAUGGUAAAUGGCCAUUCAAACGAGUCUUAGGGCUUCAGGAGCCUGUGUCUGUUGCUUUCUCUGCACUUAACCUUGCAAUGCAUCUCCAUGGAUGGCUGUCCUUUUUCACGCUUAUUUACUACAAGUUACGAUCAAAUGACGAUGAAAACACCUGCUACAAUUACUCUAGUUUGUGGCAUAUUUACGCGUUCUUGUCUAUAAACUCAUGGUUAUGGAGUGCUAUCUUCCACGGUCGAGACGUGGAUUUAACCGAAAAGCUGGACUAUUCAUCUGCUGUGGCAUUACUUGGAUUUUCACUGAUUGUAUCAAUACUAAGAAGUUUCAGCGUAAAGAAUGAGGCGACAAGAGUUCUGGUUGCUGCUCCAUUGCUUGCCUUUACGGUCACACACAUAUUGUACCUGAACAACUAUCAAAUGGACUACGGAUGGAACAUGAAAGUGUGUGUUGUGAUAGCUAUUUCUCAACUUCUAAUUUGGUCAAUCUGGGCUGGAAUUAGCCGUCAUCCUUCCCGGUGGAAGUUAUGGACCGUGGUUAUUGGAGGUGGCCUCGCUAUGCUCCUAGAGAUCUACGACUUCCCUCCAUAUCAAGGUCUAGUAGACGCUCAUGCGCUCUGGCAUGCCACCACUAUCCCUCUGACGUAUAUCUGGUGGAGUUUCAUCAAGGAUGACGCGAAGAUUGGAACUUCGAACUUGAGUAAAAAAGACGAGUAGUGUUUUCAAAUGGAGAGCUAUAGCAAGUAUUCAAUAGUCCAACUUGCAAGUAGAGAGUGCUUGUUUGUGCAAGAAAAAUCAAUAUUUUUUUUUCGGUCGAUAGAAGAGUGUGUUGAUAUUGCCCAGAGGCAGAGGCGGAUUCAGGAUUUUGAUUCGACGAUUAGAUUAGAUUGUAAUUUUAUAGUUACAAUGUUGACAUUAUUCAUUUCCUUACAUGACUUUGCAAUAUUUUCUUGCUUUGUUGGGAAUCAUUAACUUGUACAACUGAUUUUGAUUUCUGUUCUUUGAAAACAGUUCUUGCUAUUGUGUUGGA